AUGAUCGAGGGUCAAUCUGAAUUUGGCCUGGACACGGCUAUUCGUGCACUCGAAUAUUUUGAAGAAUACUCAAACAUACCAUAUCAGCUAGAAAAGAUCGGUAUUGAAAUCGGGAAAUUUACAGACUUGGUGGGAUUGGACGAUUUUCAAUCAGGCGCCAUGGAAAACUGGGGACUGAUGACAUUUCGUUACGCCGGACUGCUCUAUGCUGAUGGCAUAAAAAUUGCUAGGCAAAAGGAGCAGGUUGCACUCGUAAUCUGUCACGAAGUCGCCCAUCAGUGGUUUGGUAACCUGGUGACAAUGGACUGGUGGAACGAUUUGUGGCUAAACGAAGGUUUUGCUACCUACUUUCAGUUUCUGUGUGUGGAUCGAUUGUAUCCUGAAUGGAAUAUAGUAAGUGUAAUUUAUGGGGUUUAUGAAUACUCUGAAAAUUUAUGUAGUUGUCCAAUGUCAGAUUUGCCUCGGCAAAAUCCUGAAGAUGGCGCUCUAUGCACUAUUGUGGCGAUGGUUUUUGAAAUGGAAAUUUUGCAUACUCUCGAAAACUUCAAUUGGUUUAAUUGCGAUGUUUUAAUUAAUCCUUACUUGCUGCAUUCUAUUUUUCCACAGCACAGUAGGAUAUGA